UAAGAAGAAAUACUAGUCCCUUGUAUGCAGACAACGGUCCAACACACACGUAAAACCGCCCCUGGUAUUCUCUCACACACACACUAUUUAUAUACACUGCAAUUCAUCAUCAAUUUCCAACACACUAAAUACAAUUCAAUCAAAUCAAAAUUCUCAUUCAGUCAAAAUCAUGGAUACCAAAGUCGGUUCUCUAGAAGCUGCCGCUGCUCCUAACGGCAACAUCGGCUGCCCUUCCCAAAUCAACGGUGCUACUUGCAUACAGUCCUCCGCCGUCUCAUUCAACUCCGCCGAAGCCACUCUCGGCCGCCACCUCGCUCGCCGCCUCGUGCAGAUCGGCGUCUCCGACGUCUUUUCCGUACCAGGCGACUUUAACCUAACUUUGCUCGAUCACCUCAUUGCUGAGCCCGGCCUCAACCUCGUCGGCUGCUGCAACGAGCUCAACGCCGGUUACGCUGCUGACGGUUACGCUAGGUCUCGUGGCGUCGGUGCUUGUGUCGUCACCUUCACCGUUGGCGGACUCAGUGUUCUCAACGCCAUUGCUGGUGCCUACAGUGAGAAUCUUCCUCUCAUUUGUAUCGUUGGCGGGCCCAACUCUAAUGAUUACGGAACUAACAGAAUUCUUCAUCAUACCAUCGGAUUGCCGGAUUUCAGCCAGGAGCUUCGUUGUUUUCAGACGGUUACUUGCUAUCAGGCUGUGGUGAAUAACUUGGAAGAUGCACAUGAACUGAUCGAUACUGCGAUUUCAACUGCUCUGAAAGAGAGCAAACCUGUUUAUAUCAGCAUCGGCUGUAAUUUGCCUGCAAUCCCUCAUCCUACUUUCGCUCGAGAACCGGUUCCAUUUUCUCUAGCCCCCAAGAUGAGUAAUAAGAUGGGUUUGGAAGCAGCUGUUGAGGCGGCAGCAGAGUUCUUGAACAAGGCAGUAAAGCCUGUAAUGGUGGGUGGACCGAAACUACGAGUUGCACAAGCGUGCCAGGCGUUUGUUGAAUUGGCAGACACUUCUGGAUACGCUCUGGCGGUGACACCAGCAGGGAAAGGGCUAGUCCCCGAGCACCAUCCCCAUUUCAUUGGAACAUACUGGGGUGCUGUAAGCACGUCAUUCUGUGCAGAAAUUGUUGAAUCAGCAGAUGCUUAUAUCUUUGCUGGGCCCAUAUUCAACGAUUACAGCUCUGUAGGUUACUCUCUCCUUCUAAAGAAAGAGAAAGCACUGAUUGUUCAACCGGAUCGGGUGGUAGUUGGAAACGGACCGACUUUUGGUUGUGUUCUGAUGAAGGAUUUCUUAGAAGCUCUAGGGAAAAGGCUUAAGAAAAACACAACUGCGUAUGAAAACUACUAUCGGAUAUAUGUCCCUGAAGGGCAUCCUCUGAAAUGUGCCCCUAGGGAGCCAUUAAGGGUUAAUGUCUUGUUUGAACACAUACAAAAGAUGUUGUCUGGUGACACAGCUGUGAUUGCAGAAACAGGGGAUUCUUGGUUCAAUUGUCAGAAACUAAAAUUGCCAAAAGGAUGUGGGUAUGAAUUCCAGAUGCAAUAUGGGUCGAUUGGGUGGUCAGUUGGGGCUACUCUUGGGUAUGCACAGGCUGCAACUGAUAAGCGAGUGAUCGCAUGCAUUGGUGAUGGCAGCUUCCAGGUUACAGCCCAAGACGUGUCGACAAUGCUGAGAUGCGGGCAGAAAAACAUCAUCUUCCUGAUAAACAAUGGCGGUUACACUAUUGAAGUAGAGAUCCAUGAUGGGCCUUACAAUGUGAUAAAAAACUGGAACUACACUGCAUUCAUUGAUGCAAUCCACAACGGGGAGGGUAAGUGUUGGACAACAAAGGUGUUUUGUGAAGAAGAUCUGAUUGAGGCAAUAGAGACAGCAAGUGGAGCUAAAAAGGAUUGUUUAUGCUUCAUCGAAGUGAUGGCUCACAAGGACGAUACCAGCAAAGAGUUACUGGAGUGGGGUUCCAGAGUCUCGGCUGCUAACAGCCGUCCACCAAACCCUCAGUAAACCAUUUCUCCUUAGCAACAUCCUCUUGUUUUUGUUGAUAAAGGCACUACUACUACGACUGCUUUGUUUGUGUUCAUUUCUCCUUAGCAACAUCCUCUUGUUUUUGUUAAUAAAGGCACUACUACUACUACUACUACUUUGUUUGUGUUCAUAUAAUAUGAGGACCGUAAGGAUUGACAAUGCAAGCAAAUCACUUGUUUGUUCUUAAUAUGUAGAUCUUUACUUGAGAUUUAAAUCAUCUUUUUUA